CAAAGACAGGCGCGACUCACUACCCCGCCAAAGAAAUAUCUAACCAUGCGCGAGAUCGUCCACAUCCAAGGUGGUCAAUGCGGUAACCAGAUCGGCGCGAAGUUCUGGGAGGUCAUUUGUGAUGAACACGGCAUCGAUCCGACCGGCACGUAUUGCGGUGACUCAGAUCUCCAGCUCGAGCGCAUCAACGUGUACUUCAACGAAGCCUCCGGUGGUCGUUAUGUCCCCCGUGCUGUGCUCAUGGAUCUCGAGCCCGGUACGAUGGACUCCGUGCGAUCUGGCCCUUUCGGCCAGAUUUUCCGCCCCGACAACUUCGUAUUUGGGCAAACUGGCGCAGGAAACAACUGGGCGAAAGGACACUACACCGAGGGAGCAGAGCUGAUUGACUCUGUCCUUGAUGUCGUUCGCAAGGAGUCCGAGUCCUGUGACUGCCUCCAGGGUUUCCAGGUCUGCCACUCUCUUGGUGGCGGAACCGGCUCCGGUAUGGGAACCCUGCUGAUCUCGAAGAUCCGCGAAGAGUACCCAGAUCGCAUGAUGCUCACAUUUUCCGUGGUCCCAUCUCCCAAGGUGUCUGACACAGUUGUGGAACCGUACAACGCCACCCUUUCCGUUCACCAGCUUGUCGAGAACGCCGACGAGUGCAUGGUGCUCGAUAACGAGGCUCUGUACGAUAUUUGCUUCCGCACCCUCAAACUCACCACUCCUACUUUUGGUGACCUCAACCACCUCAUCUCUGCCGUCAUGUCUGGAGUAACCUGCUGCCUCCGCUUCCCUGGGCAGCUCAACGCCGAUCUUCGCAAGCUCGCUGUGAACCUCAUCCCGUUCCCCCGUCUCCACUUCUUCAUGGUCGGCUUCACUCCGCUCACCUCCCGCGGCUCCCAGCAGUAUCGCGCCCUCACUGUUCCGGAGCUGACCCAGCAGAUGUGGGAUGCCAAGAACAUGAUGUGUGCUGCUGACCCCCGUCACGGCCGCUACCUCACGGCGUCUGCCCUGUUCCGCGGACGCAUGUCUACCAAAGAGGUUGACGAGCAGCUCCUCAAUGUCCAGAACAAGAACUCCUCUUACUUCGUCGAGUGGAUCCCGAACAAUGUAAAGUCCUCUGUCUGUGACAUUCCCCCGAAGGGUCUGAAGAUGGCGGCCACCUUCAUCGGCAACACCACCGCUGUUCAGGAGAUGUUCAAGCGCGUCUCUGAGCAGUUCACUUCCAUGUUCCGCCGCAAAGCUUUCCUUCAUUGGUACACCGGUGAAGGCAUGGAUGAGAUGGAGUUCACCGAAGCUGAAUCCAACAUGAAUGACCUCGUCUCUGAAUACCAGCAGUACCAGGACGCUUCUGCCGAGGAGGAGGGCGAAUACGACGAAGAUGAUGAGGCAUAAGGCCAUUGUGUUCCACAAGUUUCUCAAAAGGCGACACAUACAACUCACGGGCCUCUGAAUAGAAUCCAUUGUGAUGCUAACUAACUAAAUCCAUUCGAUACGGAUCAAACUAA